AUGGCGUUGGAGUGGUGUCCUUAUUUAUCAUUGGAUCAUAGUAAUGAAUAUAGCGAUAUUUAUAAUUUUAAUAGUUCAGUACACUGUCCUAUAUGCAAUAAAGACCAUGAAAAAGAUAAUAUAAGGAAUAAUAUAAAUGGACAAUGGGGUAGUGGUGAUUAUGCCAAUACAGAAACUUAUCGUCUCAAAUGUUGGGAGGCUUGUCAGAAAUCAAUCCAAAUAGUAACUUCUUCAGCAUCUACACAAUCGCCUAUUCCGUCACCAAUUAAUGAUGAGGAUGAUAGCACUGAUUCUAUAAAUUUAGAACAGGAACAAAAUUCUAUCUCUCUCGAAGGUAAUCCUAAUAAUAUUUUGAAUCAUAAAUCGACAGAAGAAAAGAAAUUAGAUGAUUUUCUGAAUCGAGUGACAAAAGAAAAGGUUAGUAAUUUGAUCAGAGAUCGAAAUCUGGAAAAGAAAAUAUUACAGAGUAAUGAGGAUCCCACUUCUGAGGAUAUUACAGCUGAGACUCAAAAAGAAAAACGAAAAUGCGUUAUUGAAAUGGCGUUGGAGUGGUGUCCUUAUUUAUCAUUGGAUCAUAGUAAUGAAUAUAGCGAUAUUUAUAAUUUUAAUAGUUCAGUACACUGUCCUAUAUGCAAUAAAGACCAUGAAAAAGAUAAUAUAAGGAAUAAUAUAAAUGGACAAUGGGGUAGUGGUGAUUAUGCCAAUACAGAAACUUAUCGUCUCAAAUGUUGGGAGGCUUGUCAGAAAUCAAUCCAAAUAGUAACUGUGAAAGCGUAG